AUGGAAACUUCCACCACCCCAGAGAACUAUGACAUGACCACAGGAGCCGACUAUGGAGCCGCAACCCCGUGCCAGAAGGUACAGGAGAGGGCCUUUGGGGCCCAGCUGCUGCCCCCCGUGUACUCGGUGGUAUUUGUCUUUGGCCUGAUAGGCAACGUCCUAGUGGUCCUGGUCCUCAUGCAAUACAAGAGGCUCAAAAGCAUGACGAGCAUCUACCUCCUCAACCUGGCCAUGUCUGACCUGAUCUUCCUCUUCACGCUGCCCUUCUGGAUUGACUACAAGCUGAAGGAUGACUGGGUUUUUGGUAAUCACAUGUGUAAGUUGCUCUCUGGGCUUUAUUUCAUGGGCUUGUACAGCGAGAUCUUCUUCAUCAUCCUGCUGACCAUCGACAGGUACCUGGCCAUUGUCCAUGCUGUGUUUGCCCUGCGGGCUCGGACCGUCACCUUUGGUAUCAUCACCAGCAUUGUCGUCUGGGUCCUGGCCGUCUUGGCUUCUGUCCCGGGCUUGUACUUUUCCAAGACCCAGGAGACGUCCACUCACUACACCUGCAGUCUUGAUUUUCCUCUUGAAAGCCGAAGCACGUGGAAGCAGUUCCAGGCUCUGAAACUGAACAUCGUGGGGCUGGUGUUGCCUCUGUUGGUCAUGGUCGUCUGCUACACAGGGAUUAUAAAGAUUCUGCUCAGACGACCAAAUGAGAAGAAGUCCAAAGCUGUGCGUCUGAUUUUUGUCAUCAUGAUCAUCUUCUUUCUCUUUUGGACCCCGUACAAUCUGACUGUGUUUGUUUCUGCUUUCCAAGACUCCCUGUUCACCCAUGAGUGUGAGCAGAGCAAACAGCUGGACCUGGCCAUACAAGUGACGGAGGUGAUCGCCUACACCCACUGUUGCAUCAACCCCGUGAUCUACGUCUUUGUCAGUGAAAGGUUCCGCAAGUAUCUACGGCAGUUGUUCCAUCAGCUGUUCGCCGUUUGCCUGGCUAAAUGGCUCCCCUUCCUCUCCACGAAGAGGCUAGAGAGGGUCAGCUCCACGUCCCCCUCCACCGGGGAGCAUGAACUCUCUGCUGGGUUCUGA